UGUUUGGGAUAAAGAACACAAGGGAUGGACAUAGACAUUAGUCUAUGGCAAAGCUUGUUUGAAGGCCUCACUGAAAACCCACCAAGCAAGAGCAAGGUGUAAACAGUCCGCAGUAAAUGGUUUGUCUCAACUGCUACAUGCAAGAGAGCUUGUUCUUUAGAAAAAUAGACUUGCUGGCUGAAUCACCAGGUGAGAGAUCGGAAGUUUUGCAGAAUCGCCCGUCUGACGCGGCACUAUUCCUCCGUUUUCUGGUUCAGCCGUUUAGGAACUGAAGAUGGAUUUCACCAAACUGCCAAAGAUCCGAGAUGAAGAACAUGAGAGCCGGUUUGGCUACGUCCAUGGAGUUUCUGGACCUGUGGUGGUCGCAUCCAAUAUGUCCGGAGCCGCCAUGUACGAGCUGGUGCGUGUGGGACACUCUGAGCUGGUCGGGGAAAUUAUUCGUCUUGAAGGUGAAAUGGCCACCAUCCAAGUCUACGAGGAGACCUCCGGUGUAUCGGUCGGAGACCCCGUACUCCGGACUGGGAAGCCCCUCUCCGUAGAGCUGGGUCCAGGCAUCAUGGGGUCCAUCUUUGAUGGUAUCCAGAGACCUCUGAAGGACAUCAGUGACUCCACACAAAGCAUCUACAUCCCCCGAGGUGUCAACGUCACAGCCCUCAACAAGGACAUCAAGUGGGAUUUCACCCCCUCCAAAAGCUUACGGGUCGGCAGUCAUAUCACUGGAGGAGACAUCUACGGGUCCGUGUUUGAGAACUCCCUGAUCAAACACAAGAUCAUGCUUCCUCCUCGCAACCGGGGCACGGUCACCUACGUGGCACCUCCUGGGCACUACGACACUUCCGAUGUGGUGCUGGAGUUGGAGUUUGAGGGAGUGAAGGAGAAGUUCACGAUGGUCCAGAUAUGGCCGGUGAGAACGGUUCGGCCAGUGACGGAGAAGCUGCCAGCCAAUCACCCGCUUCUGACUGGCCAGAGAGUGCUGGACGCUCUAUUCCCAUGUGUCCAAGGUGGAACCACCGCCAUUCCCGGGGCUUUCGGCUGCGGUAAGACUGUGAUCUCGCAGUCCUUGUCCAAGUACUCCAACAGUGAUGUCAUCAUCUACGUGGGGUGUGGAGAAAGAGGAAAUGAGAUGUCUGAAGUAUUGAGAGAUUUCCCCGAGCUGACGAUGGAAGUGGACGGGAAAGUGGAGAGCAUCAUGAAAAGAACGUCGCUGGUAGCCAACACCUCCAACAUGCCUGUGGCCGCCAGAGAGGCCUCCAUCUAUACAGGAAUCACACUGUCUGAAUAUUUCCGAGACAUGGGGUACCAUGUCAGUAUGAUGGCCGACUCCACCUCUCGAUGGGCCGAGGCUCUUCGAGAAAUCUCAGGACGUCUGGCUGAAAUGCCUGCUGACAGUGGUUAUCCCGCUUAUCUGGGAGCCCGAUUGGCCUCCUUCUACGAGCGCGCCGGCCGGGUGAAGUGUCUGGGGAACCCAGAGAGGGAGGGCAGCGUCAGCAUUGUUGGAGCUGUGUCGCCCCCUGGUGGAGAUUUCUCAGAUCCUGUCACAUCGGCAACAUUGGGUAUCGUUCAGGUGUUCUGGGGGUUGGAUAAAAAGUUGGCCCAGAGGAAGCACUUCCCCUCAGUGAACUGGUUGAUCAGCUACAGUAAGUACUCGAGGGCUCUGGACGAAUACUACGACAAGCACUUCCCCGAAUUUGUCCCUCUGAGAACCAAAGCCAAAGAGAUCCUACAGGAAGAGGAGGACCUGGCUGAGAUUGUGCAGCUGGUAGGAAAGGCUUCCUUGGCAGAGACGGACAAAAUCACUCUGGAGGUGGCCAAACUGAUUAAGGACGACUUCCUGCAGCAGAACGGAUACACUCCAUAUGACAGAUUCUGUCCUUUCUACAAGACGGUGGGCAUGCUGUACAACAUGAUCGCCUUCUAUGAUAUGGCCCGCCGUGCUGUAGAGACCACGGCACAGAGCGACAACAAGAUCACGUGGUCCAUAAUCAGGGAGAACAUGGGGGAGAUCCUCUACAAACUUUCCUCUAUGAAAUUUAAGGACCCAGUGAAAGAAGGAGAAGCCAAGAUUAAGGGAGAGUACGCCCAGUUACUGGAAGACAUGCAGAACGCCUUCCGCAGCCUGGAAGAUUAGGAGCCAUCACCUCCGCCAACCACUUCUGACCACCAUCCCAUCAUCUCGGACCUCCACGUACCGCAUCAAGACCGGAGCUCCCGUCUAUCCACUGCAGAGCUCCAUCCACCUCUUCCACGUUGUGUAGUCUUCAUACAACGAUAGUUUCCAUUCCAGUGUUUUGGCUCCUGUGUGUAGCUGUAAUCUGCUCGGUGUGGUGAAUGUGCGUAAGUCUGACCUUCAUAGCGGAUGGAGUGUAGGUGGGAGAGAGGUGCUGAUCCAACCCCCCCUUCCCCCGAACCCCCAAAUCAGCAAUUUUUUUCCAGAACUGUUUUACCAAAUGGAGUCUGCUAGGUCUUCUUUCAUCUCCUAAUCUAUAGGUGACCAGAGGCCAGUUCUUAACCCAUUUUGAAGGGCUUUUGUUGGUAACGAACACAUUUACAUCUGCGAUCCCCUUAUUUUUCACAUUCCAAACAUUUUUUGUUUUUCCUGUUUUUUUGUUUAAUUUUGCAUUUAUCACCUUUUUAUUUUUCCCUUUUUCACAGUGAGUACAGGCAACACUUCGCUUUCCAGCUAUGGCAGAACUACCUGCCCAAGCAUUCAAAGGCUGGUGGGACAUACUGGGAUUUGGUAGUGCCACCACAGCUUGGGUGGUUUCAGUUGAGCUGGUCUACCUCAUUGUGCGUCUCUGUAUACUGAGCCAUUGUAUCUCUACACUUUACCAUGUGACUUCUGCAGAGAUUCCCUAAGGUUACAGUGGGCCUUGGAGGUAUAUGCUGCUUACAACCCAGAAAACAAAAAAUAGGAGGAAGUGCAGGUUACCUCAUGAAUAAACUGUCUGCUUCAGACGGCAUAUUUGACAAAACACGUUGGGUGGAGCUAUGUGCUGACCACAAGUUGCUGCACAUUUUAGCCUGUUCUUGAGGAUGUCCCCCCUCUCCAUUUGAAGGACCCUUCUGAUGCUGUAGUAAUUAUGGUUUUUGGGGGUUCACACACUUCUGGCCCGCUUGUUUUGGGAAACCAAACAAGGUCAUGCCUCUUUAGGUCAUGCAGCUCAGUGAUGAGGAAACCUAACCUGAGGGUCACAGUUGUCGUCAAAAUAGUCUGCAGUAGGUUCCUUUUCUGUAUUUUUUGAUGAUCUUCUAUGCAGCUUUACAGCUGCACAUUGGGAAGUUGCAUUGGAUGGCAUCGGCUUUAAUGAAAAGUGCGCUUUUUAAAGUGCAUUUGUCUUCCACUAGGUCCACCAAGGGCCUCCUAAGUGCCCGUUUGAAUCUGCUUUUAGUUUGCUAUGGAGACUCAAAGUGGUUGGUAAACCCUUAUAUAUGCACCCAGUGAAAAA